AUGCAAGAAACCGUUAGAAAUUCAAACUCAAAAAGAACAUCUUUGUUUGGUUCGUUCCUGGAAAUCCUUGAAGCCAGAGAAAAACAAGCGAAUAUCGAAAGACAAUUGCAAGAAGAAAAAUAUCAGAAGAGGACACAAAAGAUCUAUGACUUUCAUGCUCGCCAACAGCGGGAGGUGGCAGAACUCCAGCAGUGCUUGGAGUAUAUCUCGCAACAUGCCCACGUGCUGGAGUCUGCGCUGCGAGGGGGAAGCGAGGAAGCCGUGCCGCUCUCGGGUUCGUUGAUGCGGCAGGCUGCUGCGCUGCAGCACUGCAUGGCUCAGUGCGUCGCCAACGCGUCGCGCAUAAGGCAGUUGCUGACAUCGGCACAUCGCCCGCAAAUGGACUCCAUGCUCGCUAAAAUGGAAGCGGAGCUGGGCGCGGGGACGGCGUUCCUACAGCGCGCGAUGGACGCCACCAACAGCACCGAGGUGACCAUCGACAACCUGCACAAUCUGAUCGCCGAGCAGCGCCGCUGCGUGCGCGAGGUGUCGUCGAGCGCGGUGUUCGCGUCGCCGUGCGGCGCGGGCGACGACGGCGAGACGAGCUCGUCUCCGCCCGCACCUAGCACACCGUUCGCGGACCGGCGACCUUCGACGAUGUGCAGCACGCCGAUUCAGAGGGAAUAA